AUGGCCGAUGACGGAAACAAUUCAGUGUCCAAAACCAAUGACCAAACUUCCGACCGUAACUCAUCAUAUUACCUUCAUCCAUCAGAUUACCCAAGGCAAAUGCAUGUGAAUGAUGCAUUGAACGACAAUAACUAUCUCGACUGGAUUCAGGAGAUGGAGAAUUUUUUGUUCGUGAAAAACAAAAUAGGUUUCGUUGAUGGGACUCUAAAGAAACAAGAAAAGACUGACACUGUGUUACGUUGUGAUGCUAUGAUUAAAGGAUGGCUGACUACAGCCAUGGAAAAGGAAAUUAGGGUUAGCGUGAAGUAUGCUAACACUGUUGAAGAAAUUUGGAAGGAUCUGUGUUGUGGAUGUGGCAUUAGCAAGAAACCGGGAGAAUUAAGGGACAAGGAAAGACUAUAUGAAUUCCUUCUUGGUCUUAACAGCAACUUCUCCACAAUCAGAACACAGAUUCUAGCGAUGAAGCCUAUCCCGACCUUAGGUGAGGCUUACCACAUAGUUGCGGAAGACGAACAACAAGGAGUCGUGUCUGCAGGAAAGAAGACUAAUACCGAGACCGUUGCGUUUCAAGCCUUCAUGAGGCGCUGA